AUGGCAGCAGAAGUCGUUCCUAAACGUAAAAAGUCGAUAAAUAUAAAAGAUGCACGAAUCGCUGGCCUCUACGACCUUGAGCAAACGAUUGGGCAAGGACAUUUUGCAAUUGUUAAAAGAGCGAAGCACGUGUUCACUCAAGAAAAGGUCGCCGUUAAAAUCAUUGACAAGGACAACCUUGAUCCAACUUCACGAGAACACAUGAUGCAAGAAGUUCGAUGUAUGAAACUGGUACAGCACCCAAAUAUUGUUCGGUUAUAUGAAGUGAUCGACACACAAACAAAACUUUUUUUGAUUCUUGAGCUUGGCGACCAUGAUAUGCACGACUUUAUCCUGAAAUACGAAAAAGGCUGUCCUGAGUUAUUGGCACAACAAUAUUUUAGUCAAAUCAUAAAGGCUAUCAGUUAUUGCCAUAAGCUGCAUGUCGUCCAUCGAGAUUUAAAGCCGGAGAAUGUCGUGUUCUUUGAACAACUUGGAAUGGUCAAAUUAACGGAUUUCGGCUUUUCGAACAACUAUGAACCGGGAACACAAUUAAAAACGUCGUGCGGAAGCCUCGCAUACUCAGCCCCUGAAAUCUUGCUUGGUGAUGCUUACGAUGCACCGGCAGUAGACGUUUGGUCUCUUGGAGUAAUACUUUACAUGUUGGUGGUGGGGCGAUUACCAUUUCAAGAAGCCAACGACUCAGAAACACUCACAAAAAUUCUUGACUGUCGUUUUUCUUUGCCGGAUUCGCUCUCUGCUUCAUGUAAAAGUCUCAUCAAUCGCAUGUUGAUACGUGAUUCUAGUAAAAGAGCGGGUUUAUCAGAAAUCUCAAUGCAUCCAUGGGUUGCUCAAGGAGACCGUGGACACGCUGAAGCCAUACCUCUGAUCGAACGUCACCAUCUUCCAGAGGAUGCGCAUCUAACGAUUAUUGAGCAAAUGGUUGCUGGAAAUAUCGGAACCACUGAAGCCAUUCUAAAUGCGAUCGAGAAUGACGAUUACAACUACAUGUCAGCUACAUACUUCUUACUGGCAGAGAGAGUGCUUGCAUCUUGUCGUUUUGAGAAGGCGAAAGAACUCGUCGAAGUUGAGAACUUGCCACCAGAAGAUGAGACUUUUGACAGUACAACUGGCUUAAUUCAGCAGCAACAGUCAUCCUCUUCAACGCAACGUUGUCGUAGUCGUAGUAAUUCCUGGAGGGCAACUCGACGACCAUGCUCAAUAUUGAAGGAGGAAAGUGAAGAGGAGUUGAGCACAUAUUACCGAAGUAGCAGUAGACAUAGUAGCAGAAAUUCUUCACCUGCAAUGUCAAUGUUUGGUGGAUCGGCAAGGGAUCGAUUAUCACCACAGUACGCCCAAGGAAUUCAAGAUUUGCUGGAAGUGAUAAGACCGAUACGAAGAGCGGCAUCUCCAGAAAGUGUGCGAAGCAGUCGAUCACCCUCACCACCGGGCUCAAGUAGCGGCAGAACAUCUCCAUCAGUCUCAAACAUUUCCCUAUCUCGGUUCAAAGCGUCAUGUACAAUUGGCGGUGGAAUGCGGAAAUUGUCUUCAUCCCCACAUCUACUAGGAAUUUGCGAAGAAGGUGAGGAGCUCUUGGCGGAAGGAGCUGCAGCGGGCGGUCUGCCUCAUGGACAUCACUCAUUACUCAACACAAAUGCGCAUGAUCUACCUGGAAGAACAAAUAGAUCUGCGUCAACCGGUUUGGUAGUUGUUGGGCCUCGCCAUCGCCUCGUUUCUUCGAAAAGCAUAGGACAACAACCGACUUAUAGUGCUGUUCGAAUGAUUAGACCGCGACAAGCGGUUCUUUCACCUGAUGUUCUUCGUAGAUACGAAGCAGCUACCCCUCCAACUGUACCUCCUAGUUCUUCGACUCACCCUCCUUUGCCAACUCCUCGCUUUUUUCUAGACCGUAGUCGUCGAUCAACAAGUUGUUCUUCGUCAGAAGCCUCGGACGAUGAGGAACGGAAUCGCUCUCGACUCCUAAUUGGAAGUGGUCGCUGUACACGCGGGAUAGAGGGGAGAAGACGUAGCAACGAUGACGAAGACCCUGGAGAUGGUGGUGUACUUGGUGGUGCGUCAAAGUUCUCUACAACAACUCAUGCCCCUGGUACAGCUACAACAACGACAUCAACUUCCGAAAACACGAAAGGGGAACAAGGACGUUCAAAUGCUAAAGAAGCUUGCUCAACUAAUCAAUGCUGCACGGUUCUUCACCCAAUUCCGGAGUUGACACACCUCGACGUUGAAUCGAUGCAACUUCCUUCAAGAGGAAUCUCCAAACAACCCAGAUCGGCAACGAUAGAACGAGCGAUAAGUGGGUGGGCGAGUAGUGCCGAAGCGCUUUUAUCCGAGAACGGUUCUUGGCUAGCGACUCCUCCACGGGAUCCAGCGCCUUUGCCACGUCAAUGGGUGAAAACUGUGUACAGAUCGAGGAGUCAAGAAGCCAUCGGAUCUCUAAGGAUCAAUAUUCGGCAUCAAAGAAAUCUUGAUGGUCAACGCUAUGAUUUCAACUCCCCUACCCUGAACACCAAAUUUGAGCUUUUUGGUUCACCUGAUUCUAGAGAUUCUGGACAAGGUUCAUCUUCACCCGAAAGCUCACCGAUAAGAAAUUCGGAUGCUGGCGCACCCUCAAGAAAAAUGGUACAAGGCUAUCAAGGCACAAAUUCAUGGAAAAACGAUGCUUGCGACGACAAAGUCGACGCUUGGCUUCGAACUGCGCAAUUUGGUGUUCGGAUGGCCAUC